CAAAGAUGAGAUAUUUCAUUAGAUUGUAUUUAGUAGUUUUGUCUUUUGCUGAUAUUUCACAAGGAUUUGGCAAGAAGACAAGUGCCUAAAACUGAAGUGUAUCCUUUUGCAGAACAGGAAGAAAAUUAUUGCAUCCAUUCUUCAUAAAAAUAAAAAUGAAAAUGAUUUCAUGAGUAUCCGUUCAGUAUUUCCAAUGCAGGUAAACCAAGGGGCCAGUUACAUGCUUUGUAAGGCGAAGUGGGUUAGUACCAAUCAUAUUGUUUUUUGAGGUUUAACAAUUUUAUAUUUUUCAUUCCUGAACUUGAAUUGGUCUCCUCCAAUGGCCAUUUCCAUGUCUUGCUGUUGUCUGCAUGGAAGAGAAGCAUUUUCUGCAAGUAGAUCUCAAAUUUCCGGCAAAAACCAAUUUGGGUUUGCAUUUUCAGGCCAUCUAAGUAGUCUAGGAUUGCAACAGGGUAAAUUGAACCAUUUGGGUUCCUCUGUAUUCCGAUCCAGUUGUAUCCCUGGUGACAAGGGAGAACAAGAAGUCAGCAAAUCAGAAGGUUUGAAGGCUGAUGAGGCAACUCUAGAUAAAACCUUCAAAAAACCAACCUUGGGUGUCGGAAAGACUAAACCCCUUCUCACAAAACAUAAACCGAAUUUGAAUGUUCGAGGGCCAAAGAUAUCUUUUCUCAAGAGAUUGAGAUUGGAUCAAUCUGUUGAUGAUUUAAGGAAAUUUGCAGCACCUCGGAAAAAGGGUGAUAUCAGGGAUGUCAUGCUAAUGAGCAUUUCUUUUGCCGUCUAUGUCUACAUAUCACAGAAGAUUGUGUGUGCAUAUUGUGCGUGGCACUCUAUGCUCAAGCCCGGAUGGUUUUAGGUUCUUUUCAAGUUCAAGAAGCCUAUGUUUAGCUAAUUUCUUCUGUAUUCUUAAUCCUAUUUAUAUCAAAUGAGUGUUUAUGUGCUA